AUUUUUUUAAAUGUAUUUAAAAUGUGCGCGAACAGUCGUAAGGUCAAGCUAGGUUGCUUACUUAACCAAACUUACUUAACCAAACCUGAUCAAACCUAAUUUGAAAAGUCUGAAGCCGCAUGUAAUUAAUUUGAUGGUAAAAUCUGUGGAUAACAUUUAAUUGAAAUUUACGUUUAUUUAAGCAUCGAAGAACUGUCAAAGAAGAUGGAUUUUUACGAAAUAUUGUCUAUCUUGAUAUCCAAUGAUGAUGAUCAUGUUAAGAAUUUUGACGAUAAGUUGGCAAGAAUACUGCAGAAAGUAAUGCCACUUUUACCAGAAGACACAAGGCAAUUUGUCAAAAAUUUCUCUAACAGAGAUCAGUAUUUGCAAACAGUAAUUUACAUAUUGCGUAAUAUUAAACAAGAAAAUGCAAAAGUAGACACCGACGCACCUCUCAGUGUGAAACAAUAUCGUUCUAUAAAAAUUGCAGUGGAACUAAUAGUAUCAAUCGGAAUUAUACCUUGUCUGCUACCUAAUGUUGGCAUAGAUAUGGCUAAGCUGUGUCCUAAAGCUUUGAAUAUUUUGCAGGAGAAAGAAUUGAGCUGCCUGAAAAAAUAUGAAAGAUUAUGUUUUUCAACACAUUCACUGCUAGAUCUCUUUGAAGAUCUCAAUUUACGACCAGCUGUAUUUUCCCAACUCGGCCCUUUAAUGGCCGCUCUAUUACAAUUGUCACAUGCUCCACUGGCCAAACCAACAAGCGAGGUGCAGCAAUCCUCAAAUACAAAUGAGCAGGAAUUUCGUAUGACAGUAGAAGAAUAUCAAAAGCUGCAGAAUCGCCAAAAAGAAUUUCACACUAAAUUUAUUUCACUACUAAGCAACUGUCCUCAGUAUAUAUGUUUUCGAGAAUUAAUGAUUAUUCUGGGAAUGCAAAAUGCACCCAAGUGGCUACGCAGAGAAACUCAGAACUAUUUGAUUAAAAUGCUUGUGCAAUCGAAUGGUGUAUUGUCGUUAAUCACCGCAAUUUUUGAGGACGGUUUGGAUUUGGGUGCAGAUUGGACAAAGUUGGACACGAUUUCUAAGUUAAUAGCAGUGUCAUAUGGAAAAAAUGCUGAUGAAUAUUAUAAAGCCGUGUGUCCACAGAUUCUAGACUUGCUUUCUUCAGAUAAAAUAAAGCAUGGCUCGACGAUAGCAAACUGCUGUAUCAAGGUUCUAUACGAUUACAAUCCGGAUGCUUGUCAAAAGUACAUCGUAGAAGUUAUUUGUGCACCUUUAAUGAAAAAAUCAGAUGUCACGGAAUCCGAAAGAAGGGUAGAACAGUGUAUAGAAAACUUAACGAAAUGUUUUCUACCAGAAGACGCCAAGUUCAAGCAUCUACCUUGCAAAGUUAUUUUGCACAUUGCAACGCCUUUGUUCUGCCUGUACAAUAAAACGCGCAAAAGUGCUUGCGUAUUAAAAAUGAAUUUGCGACAAUUGCUGUCAAAUAUGCUCGCGGAUGAAACGACGCGAGAGAAGCUUUAUUCAGUUUUUCUGGGACACGUCACUUCGACGGAAUUCGGAGAUCACGUGACGUCAGAAUUCGGUCCGACCGGUGGUAUCGAAAUUACUGGUGCGAACGAAGAUUUGGAAUACGAAGAACUGGCCGAUACAGUUUUCGACUUGAUGACCACCGCGAAGGACUUGUCUCCCAGCCUGUUCCGUUACAUGCUACAGUACUUAUCGAACGUAAAUAAGCAAUACUUGACGUGGGACGUCAAACACGUGCUGGAGACAGAAGACGAUAAAAUGAGACGCGUUACGAUGCAAUUAGCGGCUUACAAACUCCUGUCGCAAUUAGCCAGCACAAGCACCGUCCAAGAUGCGCAAGUGAACAAUCCCGAGCCGUUGUUGUCGUUCAUAAAAUCGAUGCUGCACGAGUAUACGGAGAGUGUACGCACGCGGUCUCACCAAGGCGAAGCAGAAGAGAGCGAGUGUGAAGUAUUGUACAUCAGCCUAAUGCUGAUAAAGAUGAUUCUAAUCGAGAAAAGAGCCGCGAUCAACAUCAGACUUUUCAAAGAGUUCAGCACGUUUCUGCAGAAUUGUCGCGCGAGUAUGCCGACGCAGGUGAAAUCACUGAUCGACGAAGUGGUGAGCUGCAUCAUAACACACGAUCCGAGCACGGAAUCUCAGGACAGUUCCGGGAAAAAAUACUACGAAGACUUGUCGACGAAUCCGGCAGUGUCAAGCAAGUUUGACGAAGCCAUGAGAGACCUCUCGGACCCGCUACUUCCUGUUCGGGCGCACGGUCUCAUAACGUUCACGAGACUGAUCGAAAAUAAUGAUCCUAGCGCCAGAGCGCGCAAAGCGAUCGUUUUACGCCUGUUCCAGGAGAAUUUGAAGCACGAUGACUCGUUUAUAUACCUGGCGUCCAUCAAUGGGCUAUGCGCAUUGGCAGCUGCGUUCCCAAAGGAAGUCAUAGAGGCGCUUAUACCCGAAUACAUCGACAUGCCGAAUCGCGCCGCGGGCGCGGAAGUAACCGUCGAAACUAGGAUAAAACUAGGAGAAAUAUUGGUCAAGACAACGAGAGCCUUGGGUGAAAUGAGCGUGGUUCAUAAGAACGCUCUAGUUAACGGCUUUUUGUGCACGACUCGUGACGCGGAUCCCUUAAUACGAGCCUCCAGUCUUUCCUGCUUGGGCGAACUCUGCAAGGUGUUGAGCUUUCGACUGGGAAACGUUCUCGUCGAAGUACGUAUAUGUGUUUCACACAAGACAAAGUAUUCUCUGAAGCAAUUUCUUUCUUUAAACUCGAUUCGUUUUCAGAUUCUUUACUGCAUCACGUGCAUAGUCAAAUCGGACAAGGCGCCCGAGUGUCGGCGCGCCGCUGUGCUGGUCGCUACGCUCCUAUUUCGCGGCCUCGGCCGGGAUACAUUAAACAGCCUCGGUAGAGACCUGGUCGAUUUGUACCGCGGACUGAAGGAGCUGCGCGAUAACGACGACGAUCCCGUGCUGAGGCUUCACGCUCAGAUAGCACUAGAAGAAAUCGAUCACACAGUGCGGGACUUUAUAUUCGCGCCGUCCAAACUCGAGAAGACAUUCCUGUUGGAUCCAUUCAUGUGAUAAAACAUGCAUUCUUCCUAGAGCGCCUAAUGACAACUAGUAGAAAACAAUAAUCUAAUAAAUAUUUUCCAUAAAAGACGCCUGUUCACAACGCGUGAGAUGAACAAUUGAACAUCUACGUUACUGAAAAACAUGGCGGAUAUAAUUUCGGUUUCUUGCAUUGGUUUCUGCGUAUGAAACCGACGUUCAAUUAAAACCUGUUUGAUAUGUUGGAAAAAUGAGUGUCGGAUAAUCGUUCAAUAAAAAAAAAAAAA